GUAGAGUGGCUCUGCGUGAACUACUUAUAUGGUCCCGGAGCUGUCCUCACCCGCGCCAAGACCACCAGGGCCAAGAUGCUGGUGUACGUCCGCAUCUCCCAAUGCGGGGAGCUCUUAACCCAACCGAAACUCCCGAAAAUGACAAAAGCAACUUUCGAUCCGGUGCAACGUGGCGCUGGAACCAACACCAAGAUGGCAGCGUUGACAGCCGGCGCCUCUUCCAGUACAGCUGUGCCAGCAGCUCUACCCUCAAGCAGUCUAGAGGACGCAGAGAAGAAAGCCUUAAGCCUGAUCGAAGAGGAUGAGAUGGAUGCCUUACGGCAAGAACGAAAAAAGGUUCAGCGAGCAAAGAAAAAGAACAAGAAGAAAGAACAAGCUGCUUUAGCCGCGGAAGCUAAUGGUACUACUACAACUAGCAUUAAUGCCGAUGGAGGUGCUAAUGGUUGUACAAGAACAUCUUCUGCUACUGCACCAGAUGGCGGAGGUGCUAGAAAUGGUCAAGCCUUGGCUAACGGAGCUGUGAGUACAACUGGUGUUGCCGAGAAAGGAACCUCCGCAGCUACUGUGGCUCCAGUUACUGCAAAGGAACAAAAGGACACUAGAAAUACUAGCAAUAUUUCUUCUGCAGCGACUGCUGCAUCUGCUGGGUCAGGUGGAGGUCGUGGGUCAGCAGCCAGUGGCUCGGCCAAAACUAGUACCAUUUCUCCUAAGCAGGAACUCUUACAAAUAGAGGAAAAGUCCGCCUCUAUCGUCUCCAACUCUAAAAAGGCGAACAAAGACAAGAACAAAGGUGGUUGUUCAAACAACAAAGCUGGAUCAACGACGACGACCACUGCUGCAGGAGGAACUACAACAGGAGCGACAACUGCCUCAAAUAAUAAACCUUCGGCGACAUCAGCAGGUAACAAUAAGGCGGUGUCCUCAGCGUCUCCCAGUUCUACCCUGGUGGUGCAAAAUAAGAGCAAUUCAUCUGCUACAACGGGAGCUCCUUCCAAGUCAGGAGGUGGUAAGGCGAAAGCUAAUCAUCAACAUGGCUCUACAUCUACAACGACUACAACCACAGCAACUGCAAAUGGAAAUUCUUCUCGAGCAGGAACGGCAAGUGGAGGUGGCAACAACAAGCAGAACUCCCAACAACAGCGACAUCAAGGACCUUCAUCACAGGGGACAACGACUACUGCAGCUAGAAGUGGUGCAGGAUCUACUCCUGCAGGUGCUGGAUCUUCUAUGUUGACCACGGCAACCGGUGCGAGGAACAAGAGUGCGACGAACGAUGCUGGUAGAGGCGCUGCCGCUGCGGCAAAGCGCGCGAGCUCAGACGCGUCUUCUGAUUCAGAUUCUUCUACGUCCUCUUCUGACUCCGAGAGCAGCUUCGCUUUCGGACAUAACCGCUUUCUUCUAGCGGCGCGUCGUCCAAACAAUAUUAACAAUAAGAAUAACACGAGAGCUCUUGGCAAUAAAUCCUCAGGACAUAGUGGAGGAGCAGGUGAAGGUAGUGGUACUGGAAAUGCUGGCAGUGGUACUACUACUUUUUCUACGACUGGUGGAUCAGGAGGAGCUUCGUCAUUACUAUCUUCUGGCACAACAGGUACUGCUACUGGUUCUUCUACAGGAGGUGGAACAGGAAAUUCAUCUCUCUUGUCAGCAGGUGGAGGUGCAGGGCAGGCGUCAUCGAGUUCUCAUUUUCUGACUGCCAAUGGGGAACCACGUCCUAUUAAGGGUACCCCCGCCAGCGCUACAACUUCUGCCUCAUCCGCGCCAAGUGGGAAAGAGAACCAGGGUGGUAACAACCACAAUCAAAGUGGGACCAGUGGAGGUACCAGUAAAAAAGGUAAUGUGAAAAAGAAGAACAACAUUAACCGAAAUACAGUCAUGGGUCAGGCCGUCUGCAUCCAAGAACGACUGCAGGAAAAGCGGGAGAAGCACCUCCAUCGAGAUAAGCACGACCACCAUGGGGGGGCGUUGUCGUCGGCCUCUUCCGGUGGUGCAGGAGCCUCUUCCUCAAGCGGAACAAGUGCAUCCUCAGCAGGCGUCAACAGCAGUCAACAAUCUGCAGCUUCCUCUUCUUCCUCAUCCUCCGGAUCUUCAGGUUCUAGUAGUUCGGCACUCCAUAAUCAGCUACUAUCCAGUAGUACCUCCCACCCGCACAAUAGCCAUCCCUCCAGCAGCGGAGCAACAGCAUCCAGUUCCUCCCAUCUUCAAGGCGUUUCGAAAAUGAAUGACCACCAGCACCUGCUGAACAGCUACAGCAGUUCCUCCUCCUCCAGAGAUCAGAGCAAUAACUUCAUCCAACCUAAGGGGAGUAAGGUGUUGAAGAACAAUCAGUUCAGCAUCUUAGCUGCGUCGGCUGGAAGCACGACAAAAGAUGGAGGAAAUUCUCGUUCAGGAGCAACGAGCAAAAGCACUUUGGGAGGCUCUUCUUCAGCGACAAGAAUAAAUUCAGCAAGUGUAGUAGUUUCGAGUUCUUCCCAACCGACGGCGCCCGAGGGGAGCGACCAAGAAGCUGCUGUAUUGUCUAAACGAGCACGGAAGCGCUUAGCUGCUCAACAACAGCAGCAACUAGCAGCUUCAUCAAGCAAGCUGACCUUUAACGUGAUGAACAUGAACAACAACAUCAAAGGGGGAGCUUCUUCUAUUUCAUCUCAAGCGACAUCAAAUCACAACAGCAAUCCUUUCCUCAAUGGCAGUACUUCUUCUAGUACAGCUUCACAUUCUAAAGCGACAUCUUCAAAUCAUCUCAAUUCCGUUUCUGCUGGAAGUUCAAGCGUAGCGUCCGCUUCCGGAGGCGGCUUUGGCACUACAGCGACCAUGUUGAUGUCAUCGUCUUCCUCAGCUUCCUCUAGCUCUUCACACGGAGCAGGUGGAAGUGGUGCUUCAGGUGUUUCCCAGUCAGUGCACGCACUGGCAGGAGGAGGAGCAUCUAAAAAAUUGUGUUGGGCGGAUGUGAGUAUCAACGAGCACAGUACUAAUGCCAAUCAUAGCACUUCUCAUAGUAAUUCUGCUGGUGCAGGUGCUUCGUCGAGUUCCUCGAGUUCACAAUCCGGGUCUUCGAGUGGAGGCCAACAGCAUGGAGUUUUGCGAGGCAAAAAAGGCAGUGGUGGAGGUGCGACUACUGCUGGAAAUCAAAGUAAUACCUCAAGUGGAGGCAAUAUGAAUAUGCUGCAGACGGUGAGCAGCACUAGUACAACUGCUACAACGGGUGGAGCAGCAUCGGGUUCUUCGAUUAAUGUUUUAUCGUCGUCGAGUGCUUCUGGGACGACAUCGAUCUUGAACCAAAAGGAACAAGCUGCUGCUUCUUCCUCUUCGUCUUCGUAUGCAGGUGUGCUGAGCACGAAGCCUGCAUAUAACGCAGUGACGCCUUCGAGCUACAACGCGCACUUCCCGCCGCCCGCUUUAGGAGCUGGCACGUCCUCUGGAUCUUCUUCAGACGGCGGCAGCAAACGUGUCCUAGCUAGCGGAUCGGUAUGGGACGAUCCGUGGGCAUACAGACCUGCAACUAGUAGUGGUACCGCUUCCGCUACAAGUGCUGCUGCUGCUACUGCUGGCAGUGGUGUUGCAGGACAAGGAUCAAAUUAUAGCUCCUCAGGAGGUGUUGUCCAUCUUCAGGGAUCCUCAUCAGGAAGCUCAUCUUCAGGAAGUGCUGGAAGUGGCUCUUUCCCGGCAACAAGCAACAACAACUUGAUUCCUAGUGCCGACACCAGCAACACCACAGCUAAGACGAGUGCAGGGGCUCAGGGUUCCGACUCGCAGUUGUCUCCUAGUGCCGACACCAGCACACCCAAACGCGGGAAUUCUAAGUCUUCGGUGCAAAGCACGACAUGUUCAGGCGGAUCCUCUGGCUCUCAAGUGCGCACACCCGGUCGCCUCAAAUGGCUCCGUUUCAUUGAGAAAUUUUCCUCUGAUCAACCACAUUCGAGUGCUGGAGCCUCCCUAGCGUCUUCGAGCUCCAGCAUGGGACACAGUACGGGACUGACAGUCAACAGCGUUUUAGGCGACUGUGCAUCCGGUAACUCGUUGUUAAAGGUAAAAAUCCGACCCGAGCAACUGCUCAACGGAGAGGACAGUUCCAUGUUACGACAGUUCAUUUGUGCGUUGUGUCCUGGUCGCACCGUGGUCGUGCGCCCUCUGGUCCUGCCUCGUGGCCACUUGGUUUCCACUUGUGCCUUCCUCUCCUACGUGCGCAGCAAGGUCCAGGCCGCUGAUGCCUUUGCAAAGAUGCGCGCGGCAGGAACAUCGGGAGGAGCUGGCACAUCUUCAGCAGGAGCGUCGCUGAUGAUGGGGUCUACUCAACAUUAAGGGUUUCCGAAUUACAUCCCUCACUACCAUCCUUGGCUCCUUUUCAAGGGGGAAAUGGGUCACGGAUGUUCUGAAGAAUGCAAUUCGGAAACCUCUAACAACAAGGACCACAACAAGGAGCACAUCUUCCAACUGCCUCCUCCUCUUCCUCCUCCUCGAAUAUGGUUCUCUACUGUCCCAUCUCUGGCGAAGAGAUAUCUCCGGAAGAAGUCACGCCCCUGGAGGAGAAGAUCCCUCUGAUCCAUCGUAUGUACGCCGCUCUGCAGUGCCAAUGCGCGUUUAAACCGUGCCACUGGCGAGGGACCGUGUGCGACUACGUGGAGCAUGUGAAACAGUGCCACUGUGAACAGCAAAUUGCUUUGGAAAGGGAGGAAGAGGCGGCUGCAGCUUCGACAGGAGCGCAUCAAUUGGCUAGCGCGACCGCGGUACCCCAGAUGGGAGCAACUACAGGAGGUGGUGCGCAUCAUCCACAUCAAGCUGCAUCUUCUUCUUCUCUUUGUGGUGGAGCUGCUCAACACUUGCAACAUCAACAAGUAGUUGGCGCAUCUUCGUCUAGCACAGGACAUCAUGGACAUCAUCAACUAGGAGGUGCGGGGGUUGAGCAUCAACAACUAGGCGCUGGUGUGAUGCAGAUCAUGCAAAGUACGGGUCAGCUUCAGGGAGGUGGAUAUCCGCAACAAAUGGUGAGCAGUCUGAGCAGUAUGAACAUGCAUCCACCAGCACAUGGUCAACAUGUUGGAGGACAGCCUCCACCAUUGCCUUCUCCAUUACCUGCAAGAGAAACCGAGGAAAUUAACGGAUGGGGCGCUUUGGAAGCCAUGAUAUCCAAAUCGACGACUAGUAGAGCUCCGAGGAAAUCCUCAAGUACAUCUUCCGGAACAGCCGUUGGUGGUAGGCCCUCUAGCACUCUAGACGUGAUUACUAGCAGCAAUGCUCAGACGAGCGCGACAUCGAGUACUUCUAACCUUAAUAACGUUGUUGACGGUGCAGCAGCGACAUCUUGUUCAUCUGGUGGAGCUGCGGCAGCUAAUGGAACCGGAGUGACGACUUCUGCUGCUCUUCCUGUUAUCGGAGGAGGUACAACUGCCUCUACAACUAGUGGCGCUACAACAGCUGCGAUUGCCGCUUCGGGUGGGUCAUCUGCUAGCUCAACAUCGGUGCAGCAGCAAAUAGGUAUGAUGCAGUGGGGGACGACGUCGACCACAGGUAUCAUGCAUCAGCAGCAUGACCAUCUUUUGACUGGCACGACGAAUAGUGCUGCUAUGAUGAAUGGCACCACGACCUCGACCUCUAGCUCCAGCGUGUCCUCCGGUGAAGUAGCACCAGGCACAACAGGGACGACGACGACGACGACAACAGCGACAUCCUCAAACCCAACAGCCGUUACUUCCAUGAUGAACGGCACCUCUAGUUCUGCAACAACUGCUGCAGCUGGAAGUACCUCAGCAACAGCUGCAGGAUCAGUUUCAGCAACAGCUGCUGCAACCGUACUAUCUUCUGCUGCUGCAACCGUAUCUUCUGCAGCCAGUCGUGCUUCCACAGCAGGAUCUACGACUCUACUUGUUCAACCAGCAGCUACUAGUGCAACUACUAGUACAACCACGACCUCAGCUGCUACGCAGCAUCGCUGGGGUGAUCGUCAAGCAAGAGGCGACAUGGAAGUCCUAUGUGAGUGGCAAGACGCAAAUCUAAAACCGGGAGAUAGGGUCAAGGUUCAAACUGUGGAUCAGAGUGGGGAAUGGGUACAACUAUUUCACUUGUGAUGUGAGGACUUUUUCUUGAUGAAGAAAUCUUAUAAUCGUUUUUGUCUUUCUUGCGUUUAUUUCUACGAUUUCGACUCUGGUGAAGAUUCUACCCGAGUUCUUGUGAAACUUUUACUUUUACCCAUUCGUCUCCAACCCUCCAACCUUCCAUCCACGGAUCCAAAAACAGGCCUACGGCGAACCAUGUAAGGAAGGCAAGGGCGCUUGCUGGAUUCCUAGAAGCAUUCUGCAACAUGUGAUUUACACUACCCGAAACACCUAUGUUCCAGACAUACAACCCGGAAGCGAUAUGAUCAGCGUUCACGAAGGUACUUGCUUAGUAGUUCUUGUUGAAGCUACAUUUCCGAACAAGCAUAUUAAGGUAUUUUCGCCCUUUCAAGUGAUCAUCUUGAUUUUUCAGAGUUCAAAUUUCAUCUUCGAAUAUUCACUGAAGUAAGAGUAAUUUUCUCUGCGAAUGAUCCGAGUCUGCCAGUGCUAUUAUGUAUGAUAUCAAAAAUCUGCCUUUCUGCAUUCCAACCAACAAAAAACCACAUCAACAUAGGUGAUUGUCUCUUUGCGUAUUAUCACGAUCCAAGUGGGUGGACGUAUGGGGAGAAAAUUCCGCUCGACAACUCUGGGAGCGGUCCAGUGGGUUGGUAUCCGACGAGUUUGCUGAAUUUGGAUUAAGUUGUGAACCACGGUGUACUAUGCGUAUUGUAGUUGCUCUGUCACAAUAUUAUUAAGAGAGAUUAAUAUUUCUAAGAUGAAGGGAGUUCUCAUUCUAAUGAAAAUGUGCAUGAACAUGACCUAUUCAUCUUUGGAGUCUUCAGUCUAUUACUACCAUAUAAUGGAUUAUAUGCUGGAAUCGAUUCUGCUAUUUACAGACUUCUUCGACUGUCAAUGAUCCUAGAACCAAAAGGCUGCAUCAAGAACCAAAUGAUACCUUAUCUAGGUGACAGACUAUAAUGAUCAUAAAGUUCUACAGAUAAUCAAAAAUUGUGGUCCUGCUCCUGGCCACUCGACUAUUUCUGGGGUCCAUCCUCACAACGAAGCUGUGCGGGCGGUAGCCAAACAGCACAGCAUGUAGUACGCGCGUGUCUCUUCAUUGUAAAUCACUAAUAACAUUGGUAGUUGUACUAAAAUCUCGUUGUUGUAAUUCACAAUGCUCACUGGAUUUCUGCCCAUAAAGAUAGUACUUAGACUCACUCCUGAGUAUUACGCACACGUAUUACCUCCAUGACUCCUUGAAAAAAAGUUAAUCCCAACAUAAUAAUAAGCGAAAAUGUUCUGGAACAGUCGUCGUUUCCAUCGCGAUUUUAUGAAUACUUUCAUCUAUGACUUCUAAGCUACUGUGAAGAUGAACGAGAAGCAUUAAUACGGCAUUGAUCAUUAUUGAAAUGAGUACUUACUAUCUUCAGGAGACCGUAGGAACAUUGUACCAUAGAAGUACUUUGAGGAAUGCUGUUGAAAAAGAUGCUAAACUAUUAUACGACCUAUAUAUAUGACACCUUCUAUCAUACCUCCAUAUAAAUGAUAUGCUUGGAUGUUUUCUGAUCUUGUAAUUCAAAUUUGGAACGUUUUAAAGUUGCUUCAAAUUCUUGCAGUCAAUCUGAAAAUUCUUGCCAAGAACGAUACAAAAUUCGAUACGACGAUGUUGACUUGACGUCGUAACUAAAAAGUAUGUUUCAUUGCCAUUGAAGGUUCUGCUGCUUCUACAGCGCUCAAGGAUUGUUCAAAUUUAUGUUUGUAUUUGUAAUUCUCAAACUGAUGGUUUUCACUUGAAAAAAAAUAUUGUCCUCUUUUACGGACCGCGAUGCACUUCCCAACGACUCUUGUAAAGCACGUAGUUGCUGCCUGGAAUGCCAGACUUC